AUGGCGAAGAGACACGAAGAAUGGGCGGCGGAGCAUGGGCGAGUUUACGGAGAUGCGGAUGAGAAGCAGCGCAGGUUUGAGAUUUUCAGCGACAAUGUCAGGUAUAUUGACUCCUUCAACAUGGAGAGGAAGUAUAACUAUAAGUUGGGCAUUAACCAGUUCGCUGAUAUGACGAACGAAGAGUUUGUGGCGACCCACACAGGGUCUCGCCCUCGGAAUGGUCCAAGAUCGAUGACGGAAUUUCAAUAUGCUCGUGUGAGUGAUUUGCCCUCCAGCAUCGAUUGGAGGAUUACAGGUGCGGUUACCGAUGUAAAGAAUCAAGGCUCCUGCGGAUCGUGCUGGGCAUUCUCUGCAAUUGCAGCUGUUGAAGGGAUCGUUCAAAUAAAAACAGGACAACUGAUAUCUUUAUCAGAGCAAGAGCUCGUCGACUGCGACUACACCGAUAACGGAUGCAACUGGGGCUGGGUCGACAAGACCUUCGACUUCAUCGCGCGCUUUGGCGGCGUAAGUUCGGAGGCCGAGUACCCUUUUACUGGAGCUAAAGACAAUUGUAACAUUACAAAACUGUCGCAAAAUAAAGCGGCUUCCAUUGGCGGCUACGAAUACGUGCCUUCGAAUGACGAAACCAUGCUCAUGAAAGCCGUCGCUAACCAACCGGUAUCGGUUAACAUCGACGGCAGCGGGAGCCCCUUCCAACACUACAGUGGCGGUAUCUUCGACGGGCCUUGUAACACUACAAUGAAUCACUACGUUACCGUUGUCGGUUACGGAGAAGAUGAGAGGGGCACAAAAUAUUGGAUAGCAAAGAACUCGUGGGGCGCGACGUGGGGCGAGAAUGGUUACAUAAGAUUUAAGAAAGAUGUCGAAGCGAAAGAAGGGGUGUGUGGUCUUGCAAUGUAUCCUUCUUACCCCACAUUUUGA